UCUUGUUAGAGUGUGCUGUUGUUGUUGCAAAUGAUUCAUGUAUCUUCUCUAUCAUAUCCUCCGAAACGAUAUUACCUUUUUCUAUUCCGCUACAAAAACAAGUCAAGUAGGGUUUAAGGAGUUGAAAGGGUUUCUGGAAGUAAGGGUUUAAGAGUGAGAGAGAUUUCAAACAAAGGGAUGGGGUUUGAUUAGUUCUCAAGGAUUUCUACUUUGAGCUUCACUAUAACAUAAGCCCUCUAGUUCAAUAUACAUACUGUAAGUAUAAGAAUCAUCAUCUAUUUUUCAAUUUCUAUCUUGUUUUACUUCUUGUUGUCACAAAAAUCAUAGAAUGGGGUAUAAAAAACGAAACCCUGGUUUUCUAAACAAACCCACUUCAGUUAGUGCCUCUGCCGCUGUCGCUACUGUAACUGCAGCUUCAGCAGAGGUGGUAGCUAAAGAUGGUAAUCUAAGUGUUAAUGAUGAGAAGAAGCUGAUAUCUACUAUUAAAGUUGAAUACGAUAAAGCCCUAGAUGAAAUUAGAAAAGGGAAUCGUGCAAAGGCUUUAAAAUUCAUGAAAGAGCUAAGCCUUCAGUAUGAGAGUGUUGGUCUUGUUCAUCGUGCUUUGGCGAAUAUAUGGAAUUUUGUUGGUUCCCUAGUUGAGGACCCAAAUGAGAAACAGAUGCAUACUAAGAAUGCCAUUGAAUCAGCCAAACGAGCUGUUUUAUUAGCGCCAAAUUCUAUUGAGUUUGCUCAUUUCUAUGCCAACUUACUCUUUGAAUCCACAAAUGAUGCUGGGUAUGAUGAGAUUGUUUAUGAAUGUGAGAGGGCACUCGCUAUUCAGAAUCCGAUUGACCCAGGUGAGGAGAGUUGGCAAUGCAGGUGUCGCCACCAUGUAUCAACAAUAGGCGAUGUUCAACAAAAGCUUCGAUCUCUUGCCCAGAAAGCCAAACUAGCUUCGAUUUCAAAUGGGACGAGGAGUCUUAAUAAUGGAACUGCCCACAAGUUUCAGUGGUUUCAAGGUCCCGUGGAAGUUAGCUUAGGUCACGCUAGACGCCCUAAUGAGAUUAAGAAAGCAACUAAGACACCUGAAGAGAGAAGAAAGGAAAUUGAGGCAAGUGUAGCUGCUGCUAGGCUAGUGCAAGAAAAGUCUGAUUUGCUUCCCACUGUGAGCGCACCAUGUAAACAUUCAAGUUUGCAGAAGACUGCAUCCGUGUCAGACGGGUUGAAUCACGUUAGAUCUGUUUGGGAUUCAAUGGCCCUUGAGAAGAAGCAAAGUUUGCUCCAAGUGAGUAUUGAGGAUCUCAAGUCCCAUUUCAGUUCAUCAAAGGAUAGGUGGAUGUUGGAGACUCUGUUAGAAGCCCUGUUGUUUGUGCAGGAUAAGAGGACAUGGAGGUUCUGGGUAUGCUGCCGCUGCAGUGAGAAGUUUACUGACGGCGAUUUACUUGUGCAACAUGUGGUGAGGGAGCACAUGAGUAGCUUCUCUCCAAAUAUGCAGUCGAUACUGCCUUGUAAAGUUAAUGGUAGUAGGGAUUCCGUUGCUUUUCAAAUGCCUCAGAAGCCUGAGAUCAAAGGGAAGGUUACUUUGAGCAGGGAUUCAUCAUAUCUUAUUUUGGACGAGCAUUCAAUUAGAGGUGACAUUACUUGUAAAGAUGGUCCUCCACCUGAUAGCAAUGCUCUUCUAUCCUGGAUUUUUGCAGGACCUUCGAGCAGGGAACAACUGAAUUCAUGGACCCAUCUUAAGAAACAAAACACCCUUAAGGGAUUAGAAUUGCUUCAGAAGCGUGAGCAGAAGUAUAACCUCUUACGACGCAUGUGUAAGGAGAAAUGCAAGGUCCUACGCAUUCAAGAAGGUUUACUGGCAGUUGAGAGUCUAUGUGUUGAAGAGCUUAAAAAGAGGGAGCAUGAUACUAGAAAUGCCUCUCAGAGUUUUGAGGCAGUUUUUAGCAAGCGAUGGCAAGAACUUACUGAAAGGAAAAGUGAUGCAAUAUUGAACGGUAGUGAGUUUGAGUUAGAGGCUUUAUCAGCUGUUCUCAGAGAAGCACAGGCUUUGAAGGAUGCACCAUUUGGAUGUGAAGGAACCUCGGCUGAUGUCACUAGACGUUUAUCUGACACAGAUUAUGGCGAAAAAGACAAGCGGAGAAUGCUUGAUGUCCUCCGUCAAGCAGAUAAUUGCUUUGAAGUAGCAAUCAACAGACUGAAGGUUCAGCUAUCAGAAAAGGUCGAAAGAAUUGAUGGGAUCAUGCAUCAAACUGUCACGGACAUGCAAAAAUUAGAGCUGAAGAUUGCGCCUUUAUCUUCCUACAGUUUUCGGGAGAUUAUACUGCCUCUUAUUCAGUCGUUCAUACGGGCACACUUAGAGGAACUAGUUGCCAAAGAUGCUAAAGAGAAAUCUGAUGCUGCAAGAGAAGCACUCUUAGCUGAACUUGAACUUGAAGCUAAAAAGGGAAUUCACAAAGGUGGCGAUUCUAAACAUAAUCAGGGGAAAAUGAAGGAUAAGAAAAAGAUAAGGGAUCACGGAAAAGCUAAGAAUUUCAAGGUGAAUGGUGGUAGUGAGCAGCAUCUCCAGAAAAUAACUACAGAAGAAAUCCACUUCUCUAUUAAGUCUGAAAGUCAUCCAGAUUCAGAGAUUGUAGGUGGUGUUAACGUUAAUGACUUGACACAACAAGAAGAAGAAUAUAGACAUAAAAUUGAGCUUGAAGCGGAGGAAAGAAAGCUUGAAGAGAUUCUGGAGUAUCAGAGGAGCAUCGAGAAUGAGGGCAAGCAGAAGCAUCUUGCCGUUGACGGUGAAGCACUAGAAAAUUGCUUUGUGCCUUCUGAGGGAUGGAUAGGAAGACAACACAAACGGCACAACAGCUCUUCCACUGUUGUAAAAGGGAGUUCCCGAUCCUUAAAUUCUGAAAAUGAUAUUCGUGAAGUUGGGAUUUUUCCAAAUGAAGAUUUGGUCAAAGAGCAUGCCAGUGUAGGAGAUUGGAGGACUCCUCAUGUUGGCAACAACACGUCACAAGCACGUCAAAUUUCAUCAGUAAUUCCUGGUCCAAGAAUGUUGCCUCCAGAGAUGUCCUCAGAAUCAGAUGAGCUUAGAGUUUCACACGGUGAAACCACUUUUGGCAGCAUUAAUGGAAUGGAGAUUUUAGAAACACGGUUUAAAAAUGAAGCUGGCAAAUACAAUUGUUGGUUGCCUCAACUGACUUCUUCAGAAUCAGAUUGCCUUAGCGUUUCACAAGGUGAAAUCAUUUUUGACAACAAGAGCGGGACCGAGGUAUUGGGAACAGGGUUAAAAAAUGAAGCUGGUGAUUAUAAUUGUUUUUUGAAUGUCAUUAUACAGACCUUGUGGCAUUUAAAACGCUUUCGCGAGGAGUUUUUGGGAAAAACAAUAUCUUCGCAUCUGCAUGUUGGGGAUCCUUGUGGUGUAUGUGCAUUAUAUGACAUACUCAUGGCUUUAAGAGCGGCAUCUACAGAUAUGCAGACUGAAGCAGUUGCUCCUACCUCUCUGAGAGUUGCUCUUAGUAACUUGUAUCCAGAUAGUAAUUUCUUUCAACAGAUGAAUGAUGCUUCAGAAGUAAUGGCAGUAAUCUUUGACUGCCUUCAUAGAUCAUUUACUUCUGUUUCAAGUGGAUUUGAUGAGGAAUACGAAGAUGAUAAUUGCAAUGGAUCUUGGGACUGUGAAAGUAAAGCUUGUGUAGCACAUUCUCUUUUUGGAAUGAACAUCUUUGAGAAAAUGCAUUGCUACGGUUGUGGUUUGGAGUCGAAACAUCUGAAGUACACUUCAUUCUUUCAGAACAUCAAUGCUAGUGCACUCAGAACAGCGAAGCAGGGUCUGGAUGCGGAUAGCUCUUUUGGCGAGCUUUUGUAUAACGUUCAGAUGAAUCAGCAAUUGGCAUGUGACCCAGAGUCUGGUGGCUGUGGACAACUCAAUUACAUUCAUCAGUUUCUAUCAACUCCACCACAUGUGUUCAUAGCAGUUCUUGGUUGGCAGAAUACACAUGAGUGCGCGAGUGACAUAUCAGCAACACUGGCUGCCCUGGCCACUGAAUUAGAUUUUGCUGUCCUGUAUCGAGGGCUGCUUCCAGGGAACAAACACCGCCUAGUUUCAAUGGCCUGCUACUACGGACAACAUUAUGUCUGCUUUGCGUACAAUUGUGAGCAAGACCGAUGGACAAUGUAUGAUGACGAAACUGUCAAGGUAAUCGGCGGAUGGGAUGACGUAAUUCUCAUGUGUGAAAGAGCACAUUUACAACCUCAUAUUCUUUUCUUUGAAGCGGUAGAUGAAGUGGUAGAUGAAGAGGUAGAUGAAGCUGUGGAAUUAAGUUAUUCCUAAAGUGACAUUCAAGUUGCCAUCCAACUGUGUACAGGCAAAGCUGAUCCUCGCUGGUUUCAUAGAAGUUUAGUUAGUGAUAUCAAAGUUUUGAAUGGCUCUUAUUGUGAGUUUUGUAUAGCCAUAGCCAUUGAUAUAUGGAAGCUAAUUAUGCUGCAAAAAUAUUUGGCAAGGGCAGCUGUACGUAAAGUCUUUGGUUGGUUUACCACCAAAAGAACUUGUUACUAAUAUUUUGGAACUGUUGUAUAAAGAUUGUCAAGGUGGCUGAUCCACCGGUUACCACAUAACUUAUGUGGGGCCCACGAAAA